UUGUUCUUACGCUACAUCCAAAAUGCAUCACAAGAGCUCCAUCCUCAAACCUGUGGCUCACUCAUCUUCUAUCCGCGGAAUUCAUACUACAUAACCCGCAGAAGCUCCUGCUUCUGCAGGAUCUCGAGUACCAACACUCUCUGGCAGCGCAUCUUGCCUCGAAGCCUGUCCAGCCUUUGCUGCAGAGAUGGCCUCAGUCGUCGCAUCGUCCGCCGUGGUGACCCCUGUUGCAGCUGUAGCUGCUCUCAGCUCCACCAAGAGGUCAGAUGUCAUCUCUGUGAAGGCCGGACUCAAGGCUGGCGUCUUCGGAGGCAAGAGCGAAUGGCAAUCCAAGACCGCAACCAACGGCAGCAGGGUGUCAUGCAUGCAGGUGUGGGAGCCAUACAACAACCUGAGGUUCGAGACCCUGUCCUACUUGCCCGCUCUGAGCCAGGAUGCUCUGGCCAAGCAGAUCGACUACGUCAUCAAGUCUGGCUGGGCUCCCUGCAUUGAGUUCGACACCCAAGGAGCCGUGACCCGUGAGGGCAGCACCAUGCCCGGAUACUACGACGGUCGCUACUGGACCAUGUGGAAGCUGCCCAUGUUCGGAUGCACCGACUCUGCUUCUGUGCUGAGGGAGAUUGAGGAGUGCAAGAAGUUGUACGGACACAAGUGCUACAUCAGGUGCUUGGGAUUCGACAACACCAGGCAGGUGCAAUGCGCCAUGUUCAUCGUCCACCAGCCCACCAACAAGUAGAUCAUCGCGUGCUUUCUCAGGGCACUACAAACUAGCCGACUUGAAAAUUUUCCUUGCAAUGCGCUAUGUUCAUCGGUCCCAGCCCACCCAGCAAAUUAAGGUUGGCAUGUGCUAUUAGAGUUAAAAAGGUUGAGGAUGAAUCUCGACGAUCAUAUCCGCGGGCUUAGUUAACUCACAACUGGAGGCUAGACACGACCAGGAUUUAGAAUUGCUUCAGAGCCAGGAAUGUAGAGGAAAGGAGUCUCCAAAUCUCUUGUUCUCAAUGUGUAAUCGUCAUGUAUGCCCUGCACAGACAGAGUUUGUAUCAUUCCUCUGAAUAAAUGUUCGGACAUUCUUCACUACUUUGGGGUCUUUUGGGGGCCAGAUUGUCUUCUGCCGGUUAUUUUAUAGUUAUGCAUAAAGGAUGUUACUAUGGAGGAUGACGUAGCACAUCCAACAUCUAAUCAUCUUGUGUUGUUAUUUGGAUUGACCUCAGAUUUGACUAGAAAUGUCGGCAUCUUAUAGCGGUGAACUACGAUAGAAAGGAAAGA